GUCAGGAUUGAACUGUACAGGCUGCUGGUGUGCGUGCGCGCGCUCUGACGUGCUGCUCUCCUCUGCGCUCCUCUCAGCGCCUUACAUGCAGCUAUUGUAUUCGCCACUGGAUUUUAGCUAUUCGCUUCGCUUUACCUUCCUUGUUUUCAGCGACGAAGGAAUGAAGAGUCUUCCCAAUAAACGAUAUUGACAUGAAGAAGGACAUAGAGGUGCUGAUAGCAGAGGAACGUGCUGAGAUCAUCUCAAAAUAUAAUAAGGGUAGAGACGCAGGAGUUGAGAUCGAUCCUUGGGAGGAUGCAGACUACAGCAUAUACAGAGUCACAGAUCGCUUCGGAUUUCUUCAUGAAGAAGAAUUACCCACCCCCAGUGCACUUGAAGAGAAGCAAAAACAGGUCGAGAUUGAGAGGGUGCAGAAAUGGCUGAAGAUGCUAAAAAACUGGAGCAAGUAUAGAAACAGUGACCGGAUGAUGAAGAGGGUUUUUAAAGGAAUCCCCCUGCAGCUGAGAGGACAGGCCUGGGCUCUGCUGCUGGACGUUGAGAAAGUCAAGAGCGACAAUGCAGGAAAAUAUGAGAGAAUGAAAGAGCAGGCUCAGCUUUACUCUCCAGAAAUCAAGCAGAUUGACCUCGAUAUCAACAGGACCUUUCGAAACCACAUCAUGUUUAUGGAUCGAUUUGGUGUAAAGCAACAAUCUUUGUUCCACGUGCUCUCGGCUUACUCUGUUUACAAUACGGAAGUGAGUUACUGCCAGGGCAUGAGUCAGAUUGCUGCCAUUCUGUUGAUGUUCAUGAAUGAAGAAGAUGCGUUCUGGGCUUUGUCGCAGCUCUUAACCAAUCAGAAACAUGGCAUGCACGGAUUCUUUGUUCCUGGAUUUCCCAAACUUCAGCGUUUCCAAAACCACCAUGACCAGAUUCUCUCCAAGCUUUUACCCAAACUAAAGAAGCAUUUGGAUAAGGAGCAGAUGUCCAGUGGUAUUUACAGCACUAAAUGGUUCCUCCAAUGUUUUAUCAACAGGACCCCAUUCACUUUGACCUUACGUCUGUGGGAUAUCUUUAUCCUGGAAGGCGAGAAAGUUCUGACAGCCAUGGCUUACACUAUCCUUCAGCUCCACAAAAAACGCUUGCUCAAGAUGUCUCUGGAGGAGCUGAGAGAGUUCCUGCAGGAGAAGAUAGGAGAGUCCAUCUACCUCAAUGAUGACCUGGUCAUAGAGCAGCUUAAAGUGUCCAUGUCUGAACUUCGCAAAAUGAAGCUUGACGUCCCUCCACCAGCAAAGCCUGAUGAGUUUCCACGGAAGCCUCUUGGUCUGGAGCUGCCCGUAGUUUUGACUCUGGUGAAAAGGCCCAAACCAAGUCCUUCAGAGGAGACACCCAACAAAACCCUACUCAUCAAACGGCCACCAGCCUCUCUGCACAUCUCCCUCCAGCAGGAGUCUAUCAUGCUGGACGACAGCCCUCCACAGGACAAGAAGCCUUACAAAGAUGGAGGGACGGGCAGCAUGUCACCGCUCCCCUCACCAGACCCCGUUCUAGUGCACAGCCAGAUUCCCCUCACACCUGACGGGAUGAUAGGAGCCCCUGAGGAUGGCGGAGAGUGGCCUCCUCCAUACGAACCUCCUGUCCCAGAGACCCAAGAUCAGCCUGAACUGUACGAUUCUCCUCCAAAUCCAAAUGUGGAUGAAGGAUCACCUGAUGCAAAGCCUUUAGAAACAACUCAGAACAUUGAACAGGACACUUCAGAGACAGCAGAGGGCAGUGUGGAGGGUGAUUUAGCCUCAGACAACUUCCAGUCCAUUUCUAUGAAGCCUUUUGGUAUUUCCAGUUCUGAAAAUGGAGAUGUGGAACAUCCUGAAAUUCAAAAUAUGGACAAGCUUUCAGAAAGACACCACUCUACAUCCUGUGAUCAAUCACAGUUACCUGCCAAACAAAUUCCAACAGUCCAUUCAGACCCACUACUUCAGCUUCCUCCAGAUUCCCGCCAAAAUCUGCCCAAGUCAGAGACAUUUUAAGCUGCAGACAAAGGGGUCGUUCACACAGAAUGCAUUCUUCCUUUCCAAUGUGCUUCUCUAUUAUUUUUCAAUGUAAACACAUGAUGGAGAGACGUGUUAGACCGUUACGCUUGCACCACAUGUUUUUUGAAGCGUUUUUUAGAUGCAGUGUCAAUUUCAAAGAUCUUUUACUUUCACAAGCAGAGCAGCUUAUUAGUGUCAGGUCCAAAGCAGUGGACCAAUCAGAAGAGAUUGGAGGCGGGGCAACUGUUAAAAGCUUCUGUUUAUAGUAGAAAGUUGGCAUGACAACUCUAUAAAUUUACAGUUAUAUCAUGGCGGAUGAGGCUUUCAUUGUGGCUGUCUAGAAUGUCCUGUUAUAUGAUGAAUCUGCAUGUGCUUACCAUAACAUAUUGUUUUUCUGAUACUAAUGGGUCCGUUAUUGUCGUUAUUAGAUCACGUUCAUAAUAUCACAUCACUUGGACAUCACUCUGUUUUUUAAACCCAUUCUUGAGCGCCACAUCAAAUGGUUUUAAAAGCAAAAACACAUUCUGUGUGAACGGCCUCUAACUUCCGUGCAGUGUUCCCAUGGGAAAGCAUUAUUGAAGUAUUUUAAUAUUUGAUUUUUCAGCUGCUCUGGCUGGAUUCAGUUUGGGACAAACAUCACCGCUGGAAAGACGAAGUCUUCGUAACAAAAGUGAGCUGGCUCACUGCUUCAUACACAACUCCACAUAUAGCCAAUUGUUUUUCGAACACCUGCCUUCUGACUUUCCCCCACACUCUCUGGGUUGGAUGUGGCUUGUGCAGAACCAUCACAUAGCACCACGACACCACUUAUGUAUUUGCAGUUUCUUCGUUUUAAUAUAAUGAUUCAUUUUGAACCACGCUCUGCAACAUAACAGAUUAUUACUUCAGUGAUUCAAAAUCAGGUAUUAGUUAAAGGGAUAGUUUGCCAAAAAGAUUAAAACUUGUUGUAAAUUUGCCAUUCAAAUGGACUAUUAGUAAAAUAUUAAAGUCUGAUAUUUUUAUUUCAGUAUGUUAUUGUAUUUCCAACUGAAAUACAAUAUUAAAUAGGGGGCGGGGCUUUCUUUAUUUUUGCGACAUGUCCUACUUGCAAAUUAAUGGUAAGAGGGGCGUGGUUAGGAAUGCAAUAGAGAAGGAGCACCACCCCAAAUGCAGAAUCAAAUGGUCAGACUUUGAUUGAAGAUUAACUUAACUUGAACCAAUUAAUUGUUCACCUAAAGAAUAUCAGUGAGUACGUUUACAUAGACACCAAUAAUCUGAUUUUAAUACGAUUAAGACAAUACUCUGCAGAUUUUAACGGCAUUAUUGAAGUGCAGCACAGACAUGCAAACAUGUAGGACUUUUCAUUGCAAUAUGCGGCAGGAUAUUCCAAACACACACGGCUGUUUGACACUGCACUUACCGAGUCCGUGAAGGACCACAAGAGUUUUUUUUUUUUCUUUCCAUUCGGCGUGUGGUAUCAGAUUCUGUUAAAACAACACUCUUCCAGCAGUCCGUGCAUUUAAUACUUCAGUUUGUCACGUGGGGUGGGGCCAUGAAUGAAAUGUUCCUGAAUGGAAGUAAAACUGCAGUAAAAGCAAAAAAAUAAAUAAAAUAACAAAUGCCUGAAAUUACAUGAAACUUCAGAGGAAACGUGGAUAUCGAUGACGUUAAUCAAAUUAUUUGCUAUAACAUGUAAAACGGGAUCAUGGAACAAACGUUCAAAAAGUUAAAGUUAAAAACUUAAACACCUUAAUCAAAUUAUUGUCUUAAUCAGAUUAAGGCAAAUAAUUUGAUUACUGAUGUUCAUGUAAAUGUGGUCAAUGUGUGCUAGCUAAAUGAACAAUGUCAAUUUAGAUUUCACACAGACUUUAAAAAGAAACUUGAGGCUUGGUGAUUUAAAAUUGCAAGUCAAAUGGCACUUUAAGAGUCCAAACUUGUAAUAAUAAUAAUAAUAAUAAUAAUACGAUAAAACAUAUAGGCAAAUCAAAUUAUAUACAGGCUGUUUACAAUAAAGGUUGAAGAUGAGUGUGUUGUAUUGUUAUGGUGUUUGUGCUUAAAAAAACUGUAAACAAAUAGCGUACUCUCUCGCUGGAGUUUGUGUCUUACUCAGUUUCUGGAGAUCCUCAGCUCAGCACAGUUUAGUUCCAAGUCCUUAGUUCCUAAUCCUUCAGGCUUGUUUGAAACCUACAGGUAAGGUUGCGGUCUCACUAGAGAAAUUCUUGAGUACAGCGCUGCGUAAAGGGGUGGGAUUACACAAGAUGAUUAGACAUGUAAAAAAGCAAGUGAUUGGUCUAUAUUUUAAAUUUCAGAGAGGUCAUGUUUUGAUCCUUGAUUGGUCUCACGCUGUCAAGUGAUGCGAUUUCGCAGGUCAGAGUUCACCAAGCUUGAACUUUGCAAAUUAGCGAAUUGCAAAACUUGUCGCAUAAGCUUGCGUUUCCGGUCUGACACAUUCGCAUGCCUAUGAAUGGAAGUCAAUGGGGAGAAAAGUCCAGUGUGACUGCAGCUUAAGUGUGUUGGAGCUGGGUUGGAACUAAACUGUGCUGGGCUGCGGCUCUUCAGGAACUUAGAAUUGACACCCCUUGCCUACAUCUUUACACAUCAGGGUUCUUGCACUCAGGACCAUUUGCUGAGACUGUGGAUAAUAGGAAAUAAUAUUGUACAUAGCAUUCAGCUUCUCAAACAGAUCAGUUGUUUUACCUCAUUAUAUAUACAUUUAUAUUCAGUAGCUGUAAGUAUUCAUUUUGGUGUUGCCUUUAUGUUUUUGGACUCUAAAAGCUCCAUUGAACUACAUGUUAUGAAUCUCCAAUUUCAAUUAAAAAUGUAAAGAAAGUUUUACCUACAUUAUGGAUGACAUAAACUAACAGAUACUUUUCCAUUUUGGUUGAACUAUCCCUUUAAAAUAUUAUGGCUUUACAGAACAUUGUAAUUAUUUGUUAAUAUCACACACCGUCCCCUAGUAAAUAAUACAGUAGCUAUCUUGUUCUGAUAAGAAGGUGCAGAGUAAUACUCCUAUAGUCUGUGGUAAUGUUCAUGGUCAAAUAUAGGCUCUGUUUGUGAUGUGAUUUGUUCGUUUAAACCAGCUUAAUGGUAAGAUGCCAAUUUCGCAGUGUCCACAACACAGUAUUUAUUAUUUUGAUAGAAAACACCUUUACAUAGUUGAAUGGGAUAUGCAGCAGUUCGAAUGAUUUGGCACAGUCUUAUUGAAACAUCUGCAGUGUCUUCGUAACUUAGCUUCCUAUAUUGAAAUGCUGAUGGCAAUAUUAAACAUGGCCUUUAAUAAGAAUGAACAAUAUUUUUGCGGUUGUUUCUAACUUUCUGUACAUUUGGUAUUUGUACUUGUUUUUGAAUUUGUUGGAGCAUUUUGUAUAUUUAGCUUUUUAGGGUUAUUGUAAUUUAGCAAUUUUAAGAUUUUGCAGUUGUAACAAAUGAUUCAAAUGUCAAAUUUACUUUCGAAAAGUCCUAUCUAUAGCUGACGCCAACUUUUUUUUUGUAAACAGCUGCUUAGAAUCUGUACUUUAGUGCUUCAGGUUUACUCAUUCAUGCUUAUUGAAGUUGCAAAACAUAUUGCCAAGUCAUGUUCCUUGACAUUAGAUGUAGAUCACUAUAAAAAUCAACAAUUAAUCUAAAAUGGAUAUUAACUGAAACAAUGGAAAUAGGUAUUCCAAACUUAUGUUAAAUUAAUUUAAGCAUGUUCUCUAAGCAUUUUCAAGCGUUUGUAUUGCCUCUAAGAAUGCCUAUAAAUGAGUACUGUAUGGUAAUUAAGACACUGAUGGAUUGAAAUUGUAUUGCAGACUCCAUCAGAUGCCUUUGAAAUUCAUAAUGUGUUUUGAGUUGUACAUUCCUUUUAAGGAGUUUUGAGAACUCCAACCAGAAGGCUUUGGUUUUAUUCAGUCUGUAUAUAGUAAAUAUCUACAUGUUUAUUUUGUCUUUAUUUUUGUCUUUGUCAGAAAUAGAAGUUUUCUUAUCUUGU